CUCAGAAUCCCAGUUUCCUCACCUGUGGCUGCCAGCGUGAGAUGAAAUAAUGCGUAUAAGUCAGUCAUGAGUGAAUGUGCCUGAGUUCUGCUUUUGACCCAGGUAAGUGGACAGCCAUGUCCCAGGAAGAGGAUGCAGAGGACUUUGUGUUCAGUCCCCCACACAGCUGUGGGCUUUUCCAGGAGGACAUGGCAGGAGCCAGCCCUAUGCCAGCCCUGGCACCAGAUCUGCUAGGAGCAAGCUUAGGGGCCCAAGGUUGGGCAGGUGGUAGGAAGAGGACCUUCAGGGAGGAGGCCCAGCAGGUUGCCAGCUCCCAGACUGGGCUUGUUGCUGGGGCCAGCCUGAGGAUCUUGGAGCAGGAAGUUGUGGGCCAGGACCAGGAUGCAAUACCUGGUCCCCGGGUCCACACGCAGGUGUGCACAGUGCCUGUUCGGAGGAGGGUUCAGGCCUCCAAGAGGCUCCAGGUUUCUCUGCAUGACAUCUUAACUGAGAAUUGCCCCAGAAAUCUUUGUAGCAUGUCUGGGUGUCUUCCAAAGAGAGAUGUGAUCAACAAGGAGAGGCUGGCAGGGGUGGAGGAAGUGAGCUGUCCUAGGCCCAGAGAGGGUAGAGAUGUCAGAAUGAGUUCUCCAGGGUCUGAUGGAAGAAGCCCCGCACUCAACAAGGACCCCCCUGAAAGGAGCCUGCCAUCCUCACCAGGCCCAGCCCCCAUGAGGGCAAGAAAGAAAAGCAAGAAAUUUGGAGCCUGUUCAGAGGGUAAGGAGGGAGCUGGUGGCUUCUUGUGGCUUGAUCAGCACUCUUGGGGAGGCCCUCCCCAAAGCACUGAUCUGGAGUCCUUGGAAGGCCCCUGCAGAUCGCUCUCUCCUGAGGACACUGGGUCUGGGUCUGGACAUCCAGGUGGACGCUGGGUGGGAUGUGACGUGGGGACUGAGAAUUUUGGGGAUGAGGCCAAGUUGGCCUGUGCCAGUGGCCCUGUUGGUUCCCCAGAGCCCAGUGGAGGAGAGGCCCUCAGUCCAGCUGCGCAGUCCCCUCCACAGAGCCCUGCAUUGUGCCUGGGAGCAUCUGGACAGGCUUCUGCAGAGCAGAACAAAGCUGAGCACACCGUGGGGCCUGGUACUGCUGAAGGUCCUAUCACAUUACAAGACCAGAAGGAGCUGGAGGUCAAGGCUCAGCCAGCAUCCAGGGGGAGGCUGGGGCAAGGACUCACUGCCCCCACUGGCACCCAUGCCAGCUCCCUGGAGCCCUUGGGCAGUCUCAGCCCCUCCCUGGAGCCUGCAGCCAGCGAGGCCUGCUCGGGCCCAUUCACAGGGCAGAGAAGAUCUGAGUAUGCUAAGGAACUGAAGAGGGACCUAGUGCCUUGUGCCCGAGAUCAGGGCACAGACAGCUCCAACCGGGAUGAGCCAGAGGAAUCCAGCCCAGGAGACUGCCCUAGACUGCAGGAAGUAAAAAUGCCGCAGGGGGCGAAGCUUGUGUGUUAUCUAGGUUCCGGGUCAGUGAUCCAGCUCCUGGGGGCCAUCAGCCACAGGCAGGCAGUGGGGCAGCUACGGCCAAAGCUGGAGGCUCUGGAGGACUUGAUGGAGGUCACCUCAUCCUUAUCUGCCCAGAGGCCCAGAAGGAAGGAAAGGCCCAUGGCUCAGGGCCCUGCUGGGUGCCAGGUUUUCCAGCUGCCUCCUUCAGGAGGUGCAGCAUGGGACUCUGGGAACCUCUUUGAUACUUUCGACCUUAUGAGAAGCUGCUCCCCACCCCUCAGGGACCCGACCACUGAUACUGAGUGUCCUCAGAGUGGCCCAGUGGAGGCUGAAGAAGAGGAGCCUCUGCAAGAGGGAGCAGAGGACCCAGCUCAGCUCCGGCCCCAACAGGAGGAGCUACCCCUGGUUAUGAAGAUUAGGGGCACCGUGGCCCGGGCUAUGCAGGAGGUGCUGUGGAGUCGCCUCCAGGAGCUUCCAGACCUGGUGCUGCAUGAGGAGGUGGUAGAGAGUGUUGCGGCCAACAUCGAAGCAGCUCUCUUCGACCUGACACAAAGCACCAACUGUCGCUACAAGACCAAGUACCGCAGCUUACUGUUCAACCUGCGAGAUCCCAGGAACAUGGACCUGUUUCUCAAAGUGGUUCAUGGAGAUGUCACCCCCCAUGACCUGGUGCGGAUGAGCUCAAUCCAGCUGGCCCCCCAGGAGCUGGCCCGCUGGCGGGACCAGAAGGAGAAAAGGGGCCUGGAGAUCAUUGAGCAGCAACAGAAGGAACCAUGCAGACUUCCAACCUCCAAACUGACCCACAAGGGUGAGGUCGAGAUCCAGCGGGACACAGACCAGACGCUGACCCUGGAGGACCUGGUGGGACCCACAGUGCCCACGCACUGCAACCCACCAGCCCUGCCUGCCACGCUGGAGGACACCAUGGAGCAGCAUGAGCACCACUUUCUAGACCCCAGCUGCCGCAUCUGCAUGGACUGGAAGCCCUUGAGUGAGCUGUCAGGCUCCUACAAAGCUGUCGGGGGUAAGGAGGACAGUGUCUCCCAGAGAGCCCCAAGCCUGGCUCCUGUGUCUUCUCCAGAGAUGCCUGAAGCCAGGGAGAUGCUUCCCAUGCAGCCUCAGGACAGUGUCCCAUCACCAAGGCUCCAGAUGCCUGCUGCACUCACAAAGGCCCUGCCCUGCCAGCUACCCUGGGAGGGCACUCUGGACAUGUUCUCCAUCAAGCGGUUCCGGGUCAGGGCCCAGCUGGUCUCAGGACACAGCUGUCAACUUGUCCAGGCUUUGCCCGAUGUGAUCCGUUCAGCAGGCUGCAUCCCCCCCAACACUGUCUGGGAUCUUCUGGUCAACAUCAGCCCAGCUGAGGCCAAGGAUAUCUGUGUGGUCAGACUGUGCCCACAUGGUCCACAGGACACCCAGAACUGUCACCUGCUCUACUCCUAUCUCAACAACAAGCAGCGCCACAGCCUGGCUGCUGUGGAGCACAUGGGGGUGGUCCUGCUGCCCCUGCCAGCCUUCCAGCCCCUGCCUUCCAGACUGCGCCCUCUAGGGGGCCCAGGUCUAGAAACCACUCACUCAAGUCUGUUGCUGGCUGUGCUGCUCCCUAAGGAAGGGCUUCCAAACACAGCAGCAUCUAACUGCUUGUGGGGGAAGGUUCGAAAGAUGGUCUCCUUCAACAGGAAAGUGGAGAUGAGAUACUAUAAGCCAGAACACAGGAGGCCGGAUAUGGCCCUGAAGAGCUCCCCUCCCCCAAAGGGUGCCCUGCAGCAGAGUCAAGGGAAGGGCAUUCUGGCUCCAAGGCGGAUUUCUGCUUGUCAGAGGCUCCCCAGAGGCAGGGGGAGGCUGUGGGCAGAGCCUGAUACCUGCCAGCGUCCUGGGCGAGGGUGGUGGCCCUCAGAACCCAGUUGGUGUCUGUCCCAGCAUCCCUAUUCAGCAGCAGCAGCUGCCCACAGUUUUGGCCAUGGCCAGCACGUCCACAGGGCCUCCUGCCCUCAGCAAGCCCUGCUCCAGCACCUCAAAUCCCUAGUGACCAUAAGCCACCAGCUGCAAGCCUCACUGUGGCCCCUAGGCCAAGAGCUCCUUCCCCCACUCCCUGCAGCAUCUACCCAGCCCCCUGCACCUCUAGAGCCUCUUGGACCAGCCCCUGACUCCUCUUUGGGCCCUGUAGAUGAAGCUGGCUCUGAGUGUCUCCUUCCUAGGGAGGCUUGACCCUCCUUAUCCACCAGAACAAGGGCUUUGAUUCCCUCACCAGUGCUGAACCCUGAGCUGUUCCAGAGAGAGUUGGGGUGACGGGAUAGGAGGGGAGAGUCGACUCUACCCACCUGCCCUAUUGGAGUUUCCUGUUCUGCGGUCUGUUGUUUGAUGUUGAUUUUGUUGUUCAAUAAAA